CCCCUCACGUGGAGCAGAUGAAAGGGCCGCGGCGCGACGGCCGGGGGAGCCGAGCCGAGCCUGCGACCCACAAAGCCGCCGCCGCCGCCGCGAUGGGGCUGUGAGGCGUCCGCCCGCGCUCGGUCCUCCGCCGGCCCGCGACUAUGCCCGGCCGCGCCCGCCCUCCGCGCCCUCCCGCCGCAGGACCAUGAGGCCGCGCUCGGGCGGGCGCCCAGGGGCCCCGGGCCGCCGCCGCCGCCGCCUCCGCCGCCGCCCCCGCGGCCCCCGCGGCCGCCGCCUGCCGCCGCCGCCGCCGCUGCCGCUGCUGCUCGGGCUGCUGCUGGCGGCCGCGGGGCCCGGCGCGGCGCGGGCCAAGGAGACGGCGUUCGUGGAGGUGGUGCUGUUCGAGUCGAGCCCGAGCGGCGACUACACCACCUACACCACCGGCCUCACGGGCCGCUUCUCGCGGGCCGGGGCCACGCUCAGCGCGGAGGGCGAGAUCGUGCAGAUGCACCCACUGGGCCUGUGUAAUAACAAUGAUGAAGAGGACUUGUAUGAAUAUGGCUGGGUAGGAGUGGUGAAGCUGGAACAGCCAGAAUUGGACCCAAAACCAUGCCUCACUGUCCUGGGCAAGGCCAAGCGGGCAGUGCAGCGGGGAGCCACUGCGGUCAUCUUUGAUGUGUCGGAAAACCCCGAAGCUAUUGACCAGCUAAACCAGGGCUCAGAAGACCCGCUCAAGAGGCCAGUGGUGUAUGUGAAGGGUGCAGAUGCCAUCAAGUUGAUGAACAUUGUCAACAAACAGAAAGUAGCUCGAGCAAGGAUUCAGCACCGCCCUCCUCGACAACCCACUGAGUACUUUGAUAUGGGGAUUUUCCUGGCAUUCUUCGUCGUGGUCUCCCUGGUCUGCCUCAUCCUCCUUGUCAAAAUCAAGCUGAAGCAGCGGCGCAGUCAGAACUCCAUGAACAGGCUGGCUGUACAGGCUCUGGAGAAGAUGGAAACCAGAAAGUUCAACUCCAAGAGUAAGGGGCGCCGGGAGGGGAGCUGUGGGGCUCUGGACACACUCAGCAGCAGCUCCACGUCCGACUGUGCCAUCUGCCUGGAGAAGUACAUUGAUGGAGAGGAGCUGCGGGUUAUCCCCUGUACUCACCGCUUUCACAGGAAGUGCGUAGACCCAUGGCUGCUGCAGCACCACACCUGCCCCCACUGUCGGCACAACAUCAUAGAGCAAAAGGGAAACCCAAGCACUGUGUGCGUGGAGACCAGCAACCUUGCGCGCAGCCGGCAGCAGAGGGUGAUCCUGCCGGUGCACUACCCCGGCCGCGUGCACAGGACCAACGCCAUCCCCGCCUACCCGACCAGGACAAGCAUGGACUCCCACGGGAACCCCGUCACCCUGCUGACCGUGGACCGACACGGGGAGCAGAGUCUCUAUUCCCCACAGACCCCCACCUACAUCCGCGGCUACCCGCCCCUCCACCUGGACCACAGCCUGGCCCCGCACCGCUGCGGCCUGGAGCACCGGGCCUACUCGCCAGCUCACCCCUUCCGCAGGCCCAAGUUCAGCGGCCGCAGCUUCUCCAAGGCAGCUUGCUUCUCCCAGUACGAGACCAUGUACCAACACUACUACUUCCAGGGCCUCAGCUACCCUGAGCAGGAGGGCCAGGCCCCCACCGGCCUUACCCCCCGGGGCCCAUCCCGUGCCUUCCCCCCGAGUGGCGGCGGCAGCCUGCUCUUCCCCACCGUGGUGCACAUGGCACCACCCUCCCACCUCGAGAGUGGCAGCACGUCCAGCUUCGGCUGCUACCACGGUCACCGCUCGGUAUGCAGCGGCUACCUGGCCGACUGCCCUGGCAGCGACAGCAGCAGCAGCAGCAGCAGCUCAGGCCAAUGCCACUGCUCCUCCAGCGACUCCGUAGUGGAUUGUACCGAGGUCAGCAACCAGGGCGUGUAUGGGAGCUGCUCCACCUUCCGCAGCUCCCUCAGCAGUGACUAUGACCCCUUCAUCUACCGCAGCCGGAGCCCCGGUCGCACCAGCGACGUGGGGGGCUCGGGCAGCUCAGGCCGGGGGCCUGUCAUGUGCCUCGAGGGCUCCCCGCCACCAGACGAACUCCCAGCGGCCCACGGUCAAGGUGCGGGGCGGGGAGAGCCUUGGCCUGGCCCCGCCUCGCCCUCGGGGGACCAGCUGUCCACCUGCAGCCUGGAGAUGAACUAUAGCAGCAGCUCCUCCCUGGAGCACAGGGGGCCCACUAGCUCUACCUCAGAAGUGGGGCUCGAGGCUUCUCCUGGGGCUGCCCCGGACCUCAGGAGGACCUGGAAGGGGGCCCGCGAGGGGCUGUCAUGUGCCUGCUGCUGCGAGCCCCAGCCCUCCACACUGGAGCCUGGCGUCGGAGUGGCCGGGGGCAGCACACUGUUCCUGGGCGCCCCAGGCGGGGAGGCCCAGCCAGGAAGCCCCCAGGGCCUGUACGGCCUUCACCCAGACCAUUUGCCCAGGACAGAUGGGGUGAAAUAUGAGGGCUUGCCCUGCUGCUUCUAUGAAGAAAAGCAGGUGGCCCACGGCAGCGGAGGGGGCAGCGGCUGCUACAAUGAGGACUGCUCGGUGAGCGUGCAGUACGCGCUUGCCCAGGAGCCCCCGCCCGGCUGCCACCAGGGGGCCCGGGACCUGAGCCAGCGCAUCCCCAUCAUUCCAGAGGAUGUGGACGGUGACUUAGGCCUGCCCUCGGACUGCCAAGGGACUCAUGGCCUCGGCCCCUGGGGUGGGACGCUGGGCCCGGAUGCCCUGCGGCCCCACAGAGGCCUAGGAGCGGCCCGGGAAGAAGAACCAGUUCUGUGCUGCCAGGCUGGGGUGCUGCUCUCGCCCAGCUGCCCGCUGGAAGGUGCAGAGGCCACCAGGGCUGGCUUUCCUGGUGCCCCCCAGGACACUCAGGAGUCCAGCAUCACAGCCACUGAGGCUGCAGGACAGAGAUCUCGCCCAGCAGACAGUGGCACGGGAGCCUGAGCUCAGAAGGAACUCAUACGUGGAAAUGGGGACUAUAUGGAGACUCCAAGCUCUGACUUCCUUCAGAAAAAAAAAAAAUUUUUUUUAGCAUUGACAAACACACAAAAGUGGUAAUAAAGAGAGCCCUCCUUCUCAACCCAAAAUGUGAGCCACCUGUGGCAAACUGCCCCCACCCCACCCCCAUUAACAAACCAACAGACAAAAUUUCUCUGAGUCCUUUGCCUCUUUUGAUAACAUGGUAUAUUCUGUUUUGUAAAGUGUGUGUGCUUGGGGUUCUGAGGUGUGUGGGAUUGAGUUCUCUGCUUUGUUUUUUAAGAUAUUAUAUGUAAAUGUAAAAAGUUAUUUAAAUAUAUAUUUUAAAGAACCCUAACCGCCAACUUUUGCUGAAAAAGAAAAAAAAAAAAAAGAAAUCACUGCUGCAUUAAUUGAACCACAUCGUGUAGAUACUGUUGUCUCCCAGGAGGGAGCUCAGGCCUUUGAAAAGCUCAGGGCUACACCUGCCUUAGAAAAUGAACCAGAAACUUGAAGUAAAGCUAGUUGAUAUGGGUACAAACUCUGAGGAACAAUGCAAUGCUGCCUCUUUCUUUCUUGUGGUAAAUCCCAACGUACAAAGUUUCGGGUCUUCUCAGAAGCCAUGCCUCUCCAGCCCACACCUGUAGGCAGCUGACGGAAACAGCUAGGAAUAGGGCGGAAGGUCUGCAGCUCUGAGGAGCUGGGACAAGCCAUUGCCACACAAGCCCCGGAGUGACAGGGACGAUGCAGCCCAGUGUCCUCAGUCUGUCCCUUCGGGUCAUCGUCUUAGGUAAAAGGACAGAGUUCACAGUCCUGAACUUGGACUUCCUGCCACUGGCUGCAGAAAUGGUUGGAAGGGGUGUGUGGGGAUGAACACCCAGGAGGAAUGUCGUUUUGCAACCUUAGUGUCUGGAUGGGGUGGAGGGCGGAAAGUGGUCUCACUAACCCAGAGAAGGCACAGGGGGCGCUAGAAAGUGCCUGCACACAGGCAUCUGUGUGGGCACAGCCAGUGUCCUGGGGCUGCCUUCCUGGGGGGCCCCACGGGGUCAGCACCGAGCUCCCUCCGUUGGAGUGAUGCAUUUCCCAUCCCAUCCCCUAUGGAAGCCCCGCUUCAGGGUUAUUCAGCCCGCUGCCUCAUGGCUGAACUUGCUCAUCUCGCCUGCAAAUGUCUACUAUCCCUUCUACCUAAUGCACUAUUAUGUAUUGAUUCUCCGUGAGACAGAGAAAGAGACUAUCAGAUAGUUUAGACCCAAAGGGUAGGAUUUUGUAUAUUUUUCCAGCCUUUUGCUGUUCUUAAGAGGGAGGGAGAGUUUUAAAACCCAAACCAUUUUUUUAAAAAGAUGUUUCCAUUGUAAAAGGGAGAAUCUAUUUAAAGCUAUUUCAGAUCAGGGAUUGUCAUCCUUUUUGUCCAAUGUACUUCUUGUUCUUAAAGGGUUUUUUGUUUUUUUGUUUUUUUUUUUUAAGAAGAAACUAAUCACAUUAGCCCCUUGUGUUCACUAACUCCUCUGGUCACUUUUAUUUUAUCCAUUUAUUGUCAUCUGAAAUGCUCAUUUGCGGAAUAGGAACCUCAUGGCCUAGCCCCCCUGUAGUGGGGAAACAGAGACUGCCCAGGCUUGCCCUUCAACAAUGGUGAUACCCCCUCUCCAGUAAGUUCAGGGGAAGUCAGUCCAGGGUCCAGACGAGAAUGUUUUUGACUGAGAAUCUCACUGUAUCCCAAUCCUUUUUGCUUUUUUUUUUUUUUUUUUUUUUUUUUAAACCCAGCCGGUGAUGAGGACAUUUAGCCUUCUAGCCAGGCUUUGACAGAAAGAAAUUCUAGCAUCAAAUGAUCAAGCCAUUUGCCAUUUAGGAACUCAGUGCAGUGAGAUUUGUCCUCCAGCCUCUGAGGUAUAGUCCUUUGGGGGCUGCUGCCCCCCGCCCCCACCCGGGCCUAUGCCCAGCACACCUGUUGGCGAGGGUGUGAGAAGCGCCUAAGCUGUUGACAUGUGAUCCGGACUGCCUUUAUUUCUCAGGCCAGGAGUAGCAGCUGCUAAGGACAACAGCUUGCAUUACGUGGUUUUAGGGAAGGGGGUGGGGAGUAUGGCUUCUAACAUGAACUGCAAAAAGCAGCUUCUCAUUGUUGAGAUUUUUGUUGUUUUGUGGUUUUGUUUUUUUGUCGUUUUGUUUUUAAUGCCUUUGAGUGCACAUUAUCUCCUUUGUCUGAAACCAUACCCUCAAAGUGGCUUUCUUUAGCCCAGUCUGGGAAACUACUCCUCAAUAGCCUUAAGCAAUAAAUAGAUGAGUAGAUAAUGUGGCUUCCACGGGGCUUAUUAAAAUAAAUGUGUCCAAUUUUCAUUUGAAAGAGCAAUAAUUACAGAUGGCAAAAAGAAACAACAUUUAAUUUUUGUACUUUACAGGGCAGUAGAAGCAGAAAAGUGAAAAUGUUAAAAUUUUAAAUAUCAGCCAUUGUCUUAAAUUCACCAGACAGGGAGGUCACCAGAAUAUAGGAACAACUCUAUUAUUGCCUCACCAUUUAAAUCAAAAGAAAUGUCUUCUUUGAAGAUUUUAAGACUCCAGUAAUCAUGACCUUUGUCAGUGGCCUCUCAGUGGUGUGUUGGGGUCAUAUAGCCUUGGAAACUGGGAGCAUCACAUUUUCCAUUGAGAAUCUGCACCAUCACUGCCCACCCCCAAGCCAGAUUGUGACUGUUAGGCCUGGUCCCUAUGGCCGAGCCCUGGGUAUAGGACAGCCAUGUAAACUCCAGAGUACUGGAACCAGUUAAAAAUAUGAGGGUUUGGGAAUUCUGAUCAAGGUACCUCUCUAUGCUGGCUCUGACUCUCUCAAUCUCUCCCACCUCUCUUGAACCCAAGCCAUUUUAUAAAGCCCAAUCUGCUGUCCCACCACUCAGACCCUCCCUUAUGUGCUGCUAGUUUCUACUCAAAGCUCAUGCAGGACUAAUGCUUUUAAAAUGAGGUCUAAAAAAUAAUUACUAAUCUGAGUAUUAUUUUUUAAACAGACCUGCCUUUUUCUAUUCUUUAUAUAGACUCUAUUGUGUUGGUCUAACGACACUAUUUUAAAAUGUUUUGUUUUGUUUUGUUUUUUAUUUCUCCCAUAGCACUUAAAAGAUAUUUUGUAAAGACUUUGCUGUAAAGAUUUUGUAAUAAAAUGGUCUAAGGGCUCCUUCUCCAACAUUACCAUUUUUUUUAAUGUUUUAAAGGCUAGAAAACAACUUAUGUAUAUUCUGUAUAUGUAUAGCAGCACAUUUCAUUUAUGGAAAUAUGUUCUCAGAAUAUUUAUUUACUAAUAUAUUUAUCUUAAGCCAUGUCUUAUGUUGAGAGCGUGACAUUGUUGGAAUAAUCAUUGAAAAUGACUAACACGAGGCCCUGUAAAUACAUGAUAAUUGCACACAGAUUUUACAUAUUUGCCGACCAAAAAUGAUUUCAAACAAGUUGUAGUCUUCUAUGGUUUUGUAACAAAUUGUACAAAUGACUGUAAAAAAAAAUACAAUUUUAUCAAGUAUGCGUUA